GGUGGCAUCUACUCAGAUCGCCAUCGUGCGAGGAAAGCAGAGAUAGAAAGACGUUCAAUUGAAAAAACCCCAAUUCGGAUCUACAAUUCCAAUAUCACAGGAGUUAGAACCUUUAAAGGUGGGAUGGAAACCAUAAAUGGAGGAAUUUUUAGUGUUAAUUUUUCAGAAGCCAUUGAUGAUUUGCCUAAAAAAAGAGAUGGAAAAGAAGAAAUAGCAAUAAUAAAAAAAAAAAUGCGAAAAGACAACGAGGUAAAUGUUGAUGAUAAUGAAAAUCUUCAAGAUGUUUUAGAAGACGAAUCUUCUGAGUUUGAAAUGGAUGAAAAUCAAUCAAAUGUUAAUUCUAAUGAAGAAGAUGGGGUAGAAAGUGAAGAAUAUGAGAAAGAAGAUCAGGAAAGUAAUGAAAACGAAAAAGAGACUUGUGUUAAAGUUGAUAAGAAUGCAUUUCGUCUAGCAUUUGAAAAAAUACCAGAAUCAUCUAAAUUAAAAUUAACUUCUGGAAAAGUAGUUGAAGACAUACUUUUUAAUUACGUAAAGGAUCAUGAUUAUGAACAUCAUGCUCAUUCUUAUAUUAUAAACUGUGAUGAUCAAGAGAUGAAAGCGUUGUUCAAUAGCGAAGAUUGGAUGGAAUUGACCAAAGAUCAUUUAGGCACUCCUGCGGUUCCAGUAAAUAUUGCUACAGAAAUUGCAAAAUAUGGCAAUAAAGAUUUGAAAGAAUUACGUAAGGCAGUAAUGACAUCCUAUCUGCCGGAUGGUAUUUCUUAUGAUAAUGAUCAACACUACGACUUAGAAUGGAUUCAAAUGGCAAUUAGAACUAUAGUGGGUCUAUAUCAAAAUGAUAAUUCUCCUUUAAUACAAAAUCAUUACGAGUAUUGGUAUACUAUUGCUUUACUUGGAACUUGUAUAGAUACUGCAUUUAGAGAUGCAAAAAUGGGAACAGAUGUUAAAAGAUCAGACGCUCCAUCAUAUGCGAGCUCAAAUAGAAAGAACCGUAUUAAAAAAGGCAAAAGAAAAUUGACGGGAAGAAAAAUAGAUGGCAUUGUUUAUUUAAUAGAAAACUUACAUGAGAUGGGAGCAAUUGAAGGUGCAAGAUCUUUCGCUGGAGUGCAUGAUAAAAAAUAUCUUCAAGAAUAUUUUAAAAUGCCCAAGACAUUACGAGAUAUGCUGGCAGAUUUAAUUAUAGCUGUUGAUUAUGAUGUUGGUAAAACGAAUAAAAUUCAAGUUUUUGGAAUUAUACAUCUUGGACUAAAAAUACAAUUCAGCAGGCUGUGGAGAGCGGGUGGAUCGAUAACCAUCUUCAAAAAAGAUUUCCCACUAUACGAAGUGCCAAGUAAAUUUUCUAUCGAUAAAUUUAAGAUUUUCUUAAAAUUUUUAAUUUCAAUAUAUCAAUAUAAGAAAGAUCCAGAGGAAGAUGAUCCAGAGAAAGGCAUUUUAUUAAAUGAACUUUUAAAUGUUGGUCAACAACAAAUACCACCUCCAAAUACUAUUAUUAAUCAUUUUGCGGAUAGUUUUGGAACUCCUCAAAAGCCAAGACAGCCAAGACAAUAUAUAUACAAAUUUUCUGGUUGUUUUUUUGAUUACUCUUCUUACUCUAAUUUUUCACGACUUAAUUAA